GAUUUGCAAUCAAAUCACCAGCUAGUUUCAGUAAUUAAACUAAAUUCAAAUCUUUAAAACUAUUAAUUUAAUCAAACUUGAGAUUCAAAAAACCUCCACAAGAAGCAUCCAUGCUUCUUCUUCUACUUCUACUACAACUCCCAUUUCUGUCCUAAAAACCCCCUUAAUUUUGCCAGUUAUAGCCAAUUGUUUUAUCUUUUUCCUUGAGAUCUUCAAGUUACACCCAUUGGCCGGCCCCCUCUUAAAUUUUCAUUCACUAUUUUGCACUGUUAUCAAUCAGUAAAAGCUGCAAAACACUAACAGCUUUCCUCAAUGAGCUUUCUCUGUCUUUACUAAACUUAGCUUCUCCAUAUGCAUUCUGUCCUUUCUAAUUCAAUGCUCUACUAUUAUUUCCUCAACACUUUUGUCUGUUAAAUUUCAAAUUUUAGCAACUUUUUUUUUUUUUACCACUGUUUGAUUAUUAUGGAUUCGAAAUUGAUGAAACCAAUGCCAAAACAAUUGAUGCUAAAAGAUUACCUGUUAGAUGACUUGAGUUCAUGCUCAUCAAGCGGUUUUCGAUCAUAUCCUCGAAGGCAAUGCUGUACUACAGUUCGAUUUCUUCUCGAAAUCGACCUGAAGAACAAGUAUCAACCAGCACUGUACAAGAAAAAUAUUAAACCUGAACUUCAGAAAAAACUAUCACCGCCGUCAACGAAGGUUUCUGCAUUUCAGAAAGCUUCUGUGGCGGUGAUUAACGCCGUGAAACACCUUGGAGCAUCGUCGAAUAAGAAGAAGAAGAAGCCGAUGAUGAAGACGAUUUUUCCGAGGAGUAUUUCCAGGAAACUGAAAAGAAGUUUCUGGAAGAAAGGUGAUCAUAAGGAGAUUUACUGGUGGACUUCGUUUAACCGGUUAGAUAAAGAGGAAUUAAAACCGCCGGUUGUUAGCUCAAUGACUGAGAGUAAGAGUAAAAGUGACAGUAAUAAUAGUUGGACAGAUAGUGAUUUUACUGCUUCAAGUGGUGAUAAUUCACUGCAAACUUCAAGUGGUAAUUCGGAGGUUAAUUCAACGGAGAAUGUGAUUAGCAGCAAAAGAGUUGGCGCAACUACCAGUGAUGAUUCUCUUGAGUCAACCAUAAGUAGUCAUGGUAGCACUACCAACUCUCCUAACACAAAGAAACUUUGGCCAAAUGAAGAGAAAGAACAGUUUAGUCCAGUGUCUACGUUGGAUUGUCCAUUUGAUGAUGAAGACGAGGUCUCUUCACCCUUCCAGCAUAGAUUAAGUCGUGUCCAAGGAACUACCAAGAAACUCAUCAAGAAGAUCAAACGAUUCGAGUGUCUCACUGAACUGGAACCACUAAACUUAGAUAAACGAAUCACGUCAUCAGAAUCAGAGAGCGAAUCCAUACUCACCAAUUCCUCGGAAACUGAAGUUGAUCAGGAAGAAGAAAAAGAAGAGGACAAACAGACAGUUGAAAACAAAGCAUUAAAUUUGGUUAAAGAGUUGAAAGCCUCAAUGCCAUCUUACAGCUUAAAACUAAAAGCAGAGAAAUUACUCUUUGAUUUCUUUAAGGAGAGGAUUGUCAAUGCCUGUGAACAUUCAAAAGAGCAAACAAGAGGUUAUGAAUUUGAUGAAUUCAAGAACAAGCUGUUGCAAGUAGCAAAAGACUGGAUAAAUGGGAAACCGAUCGAUGUACUGUUAGAUUGGAAGGUGCAAGGAAACAGGAUGGCUUACAUUCGGGCCAUUGAUAGCCGAGGCGAAUGGAAGAACACAGAGUUAGACAAACAAGAAUUGAUAUUGGAAUUGGAAGUUGAAGUCUUUGCAUCUUUGAUUAAUGAGCUCUUGAUUGAUAUCAUCUUCAGCUAGCAGUGUGUGUAGUUGCAUGGCAGUGGAAUGGUAAUAACAUAGCAUAGUUAACAGGGAGUUUAGGGGA